AUGGCGAAUCGCCAAAUCACUAGGCGCAUCCUUAUGAGCGCAUCUAUUCUUAUAUUUAUUCUUUUCGUCUUAUUCAUUCAACCCUACGGGCCACCGAGCCCCGCCGUUCGAGCUCCGGGCCAUCUCGAGAAAGCUCCGCAGGUCAAGGAUGACUUGAUCAAGGGGGACAUCGUGAUGCCCCGCCUGGGAAACGAGACCGCUAAGGCCGAACUAGGCCGGGCAACAUGGAAGUACUUCCACACCAUGCUCGCUCGAUACCCCGAAGAACCCACGGAAGAGCAACAAGAGACACUUCGCUCAUACAUCUAUCUAUUCGCCCGACUCUAUCCAUGCGGUGAAUGCGCUUCGCACUUCCAGGGACACCUGAAGAAAUAUCCGCCACAAGUUUCGUCGCGCAAUGCGGCUGCUGGAUGGGGAUGCUUCAUACACAACGAAGUAAAUACGAUGCUCCACAAGCCGGAAUUCGACUGCAAUAAACUUGGCGAUUUUUACGACUGUGGUUGCGGGGACGAGCAAAAGGAGGGCGAAAACGAGACCGCUGAAAUCGGGGAAAAGACCGCUCGCGAAGACAAUGGUACUAGUGACACCAUCUCGCCUGUUGAGAUAUCCCGGGAACCUACCACACGCGGUGGUUAG